AUGACAGUCUACGGAUCACAUCUCCUGAUUGGAAAACGGCAAGCUCUUGGAUUGGGCAAGGAACUGCGGAAAUUUGUGGGCCCCUUCGUCUCAGAGAGCUACAACCGCACGGAGGCGAAGUAUUACUCCAGCUCAGCAAAUCGUUGUCAAAUGACCCUUCAGCGGCCAGUUGCGUUGGCAGACUGGUAUCCGCUCUCGGCAGCUGUUGUGGAGUCCUGUUCCUUACACCAUCGACGAUCCUAUGCUGAGAAUGUAUGCAGUGAAAGAGUGCACAAACAGCGAUAA